AUGGCGUUUGGCCAUCUCGCCGGUAAAAGACCGCCCGGCCGCAAGACUCGCACGCGCGAGGGCUUGCAUCUUCGGCCUUUGAAUGUGGAAAAGGGCGAGAAAAGAUUCUCAUUAGCAGAUGAUUCAUUUCCUCCCCAAACUGCGACAUGGCGCAACAACCUCGUCGCGUUAUCCCAGCGUCGUAACCUUCUGUUUGUCGCUUAUAGUCAUCAAAUAUAUGUCUGGGAACCCGCGGGGUCAUUCCAGAUGCUGGGCUCUGUCCCUUUAAUGAUUAUCACACCUGUCAUGAAGGAGCCCAAUGCCCGCGGGUUCAUAUCCCCCAAUUCCCCGCACGCGAUCAACAAUAUCCUCGUGGACGAUCUUGGUCGCGAGGAGGUUCUCCUGCUCGUCACUGAUUCGGGGAACGUCUGUGGUUAUCGCACCGAGGCGAUCUUCUCAGCUUUGAAUCGUGCUGCAAAAAACGAUGGGAGUCGCCCUCUGGAUGGCUCCCAAGUGGACCCGUUCUUUGUUGAGAAUGUCGAAGCUAGUGCAUGGGGGUUGGCUAUUCACAAGUUUGCUCGCUUAAUCGCGGUGAGUGCAAAUACUGGCCUAAUUACUGUCUUCGCAUUUGCUCUUGUAAACCCUAUAUCUGGAGGGAGCAGCGAAUCGAGUCAGCGACUGGAAGAAGAGGUUGAUCUGAGCGACUAUGGCCAAACCUGGCUCCAUAUAACGACCAAUGAGCAGUUUGUGCAAUUACGACAUCGGAUGCCCGAGAAACACCGAACGCGCAACAUCAAACUAACAUACACGGGUCAUUUUGCCAACAUCCCAUCCGUCUCUUUCCUCAAUUGCGACCUUGACCCUAAUGGUACUUGGAUGGUUAGCACCGAUAUCGACAAUAAACUCCUAGUUUGGAAAAUCUGGGACGGCCUUGGUGCAUUUAAUAUGUAUCAUUUCAACGACAUUGGCUUCAGGUCCUUCCAGGACACUCUGCGCAACGAUGAACGUGGCUGGUCCGUUAUCGCCCUUGACCCGCGCUCUUUUCAUCUUCUCAAGUCCACUGAAGAGGCGUGUGGCGGUAGGCCUCAGCGUCGAGUAAAGGAUGGUCAACCGGUGUUUGACCUCACGAAGCUAAGUGGCCGAGUGCCGAAUGCCUCGCAGCUUUACAAUUACUUUCCCCCUGCUGUCAAGGCUGAACCCGAACGACCGGUACUACCUGAUAUAUUCGGCCCUGAUUGUCGCAUCAGCAAGGGAGGCGACACCCAAGGCGUGGAACGCGUGGCAUCGUCGGAAUCUAGUGAUGCCAAGGAGACCAAUCACUUCCAUGCAAGCUCUGGGUAUCUUCGCCCUUCAGACUCUGCUGAUGCCUUUAGUCAUCGUGCCGUUGAUGGUUCUGUUUACGACGAUAACAUGAGUCAUGGCAGCUCUUCCGAGCUGAAUCUGGAUGUGGAUUCCCAGCAAAAUUCUGGCCUGGAGACAACGCAACAGCAGCAAAUCAGUGAUUCGGACCAACAUACCAGCCAUGUUCCUCCCCGGACUCAUCGUCCCCCUCAAACAACGCCGGAGUUCCUUCAGGUUGCUCUGCUUGAAGCGCUCGGAGGGGGUGACAUGCAUGGUGCCGAGGAGUUUUUUGACGGGUACUCGGUAUUGGAUGACGAUAGCUAUACCGAGGAUGAAGAUCUGUAUGGUAUGGAUCUCGACCAAUCCUCGGAUGAUGGAGGGUCGUCGGCAACCGGGGCAGUCGCAUAUCAGGUCUUUGAUCGUAUGUCACGUAAUGCCUUCCCUGAAGAUGCUGGUUUGCAUGGACGGAUGGAGGCGCUAAUUGGUCUUCCACCGACACCAGCUCCAGUGAACUCGAGGUUCCCAAUCCUCCACUUUUCGCAAACCGACAUCCGACUAGUUGCUCAUCCUUUUGCCCCCCACGCAAGCGUUGUCUGCGGUGCACCGCUCCGACAGCCCUUCACCCACCCUAUCGUCUCAAUCCGAGCCUGUGAUCGGUUUAACAUGGUCAAAUAUGUCCCCGAACACGGUAUCGUUGUAGCCGCCUCGCAGAAAGGCCGUGCCGCGAUCAUCGCCUUGACCGAAUCCGAAGCCGCCGGCCUCUCCUUCCGAGUCGACUGGAUCGUCCCUUUCGAGAGCCAGGAAAAAUACGGCGACCGUCCCCUCAUCCCUCUUCUCGGCAUGUCCGUGAGCCCCAUCCAGGGGUUCGAAAUGCCCCCGGACGUGCCUUAUAUCCCCCGCGAUGUCGACGAGAACGACCUUGCCUUCCGCUACCAACACAUCUCCGACGAUGAUACCGACAAUGCCUCUAUGGCCGAACGAUCAUCGGAUCGCUCAUGCAGCGAGCUCAACAUCCCCUCCGAUCUUUCCGACAUCAGCGAGGAAGCGGCACACGGUCACCACGUCCAUCGAUCCCCCCCUACCUUGCCCGAGUGCCAUGCUCGCGCCACCCGCGCCUACCAGCCCGAGGAGCGCUGGCGUGGAUGGAACCCAUCCCGACGUUACCGUCUGCUCCUCAUGUACGCAGACCACACGAUCAUGAGCUACGAAUUCUGGUACAAUUGGAAUACCGCAGGCACGAAAGUUGACGAGAGCGACGAGGAUGAGUUUCUCGUGGUAUAA